AUGAUAAUGGGAGCUAUCGAAGCUUGCAGCUACUCGGUUCGAGCUAUCAAAGAAUACAGUAGACAGGCCGCCAGCGCGCCCAAAGUCCCGCACGAUCCGCCGAAGGGAACGCCUUUGGUAUUUACCGAGGCGGACACAAUCGGGCUGCAUAAACCACACAACGAUGCCCUCGUCGUCGAACUGCUUCUCGACGACGUCGAAGUUAGUCGCAUUCUGGUCGACACAGGCACUUCGGUCAACAUUAUCUUCAAGGAAGCACUUGACCAGCUCGAUUUACCGUCAGAAAAGAUUAAACCUUUUAUCGAGCCACUUACAGGUUUCGACGGAGAACGCUGCAUGACGGUCGGCAUGGUCAACAUCCCGAUCUACCUUGGUGGAGUCGCAAAGAUUAUCCAGUUCCUCAUCCUCGACAAACCGGCAAUCUACAACGCCAUUCUCGGUACACCUUGGUUACACGCAAUGAAGGCGGUUGCCUCAACAUACCAUCAAUGCAUGAAGUUCCCAACUCCUGACGGUGUCUACACUCUUCGAGGAAACCAAGUCGUCGCUCGAUCAUGUUACAUAAACGAGUGCAAACUCCGCUCGGCCAACCAAGCUUGUGUCAUCAGUUCGUUAGGACCGACGAACGAGCUCGUCGUCCAGCAGACAAAGCCUAAGCAGGAGUCGAUCGUUCAAGUUUGCAUCGACGAACUAAGGCCAGAACGUCAAGUCGGAAUCGGUGCCGAACUCGACUCAAGCAUUCGUGAUCCACUCAUUCACUUUCUGAAACAGCAUUCCUCAACCUUCGCAUGGUCGGUAGAAUAUAUUCCCGGGAUCGAUCCACAUAUCGCGUGUCAUGAGCUCAACAUCGAUCCGACGUAUAAGCCAAUCAAGCAGAAACGCCGAAAGCUCGGACCAGAGAAGGCACAAGCCGUCAACGAUGAGGUCGAGCAGUUGCUCAAAGCAGGAUCCAUCACCGAAGUUAAAUAUCCUGAUUGGUUAGCAAACCCCUGA